AUGAGCCAGCUGUAUAAGGAAAUACUAGACUCCUUUGACCAUAAUCAUCAAAGCCAUAUUGCGAGUGAUCGGAAUACUAACUUUCGUCAACCAGAUACCAGAAGGAAACCGCUUUCGAUCUCACAAAUAACUGCUAGCUCAGGUUCAAAUUCAAAUUCAAAUUCAAAUUUAGCACUAGGAACACAAUCGAAACCCAUUUCUCCAGUUAUACUACCAUCUCAAGAUCAUUUUCUGUCGAAUUUAGAACAUUUUCAGCACCAUCAACAAAGUAAACAAAAGGGACAGGGACUUGAACACACCGAGCAUAGUCCAUCACACUUUGAGAUACAAUUAGCAAAGCAAAGGUCGAGAGAAGAGCAAGUACAGCAACAACAGCAACAACAGCAAAGAUUGGGUCUGCCGUAUCACCAACAAUCCCAUCAAGUAGAGCACCGCCAAAGAACGCCACAGUUUUUAAAUAGGUCUUAUUCGCAACAAAAUAUUUUAUCACGGCAAACACCCCCACCACAACAACAACCACCCCCACCACAACAGCAACAUAGUAACAGAGAGAUUAACAGGGCAAUGAGUUUUACAAUGUUUUCACCAAAUCCUGCUAGUCCAUUAUAUCCUAGCACAUCAGCCAACAGCAUCAAACCAAGCAACGAGAGAUCCAAUAGUCAUCAUAAUGUCAAGAAUAUCAAGAGCAAUAAAAGCUCUUCGCCGCCGGCAAAAAAGUUCAAGCAUGACUCUCACCACAAUCACCACAAUCACCAUCCUCACAAUAACAACGAAUUGUUUUUUGGAAGCAGUAGUCUACAUCAACAAGGCACUUCGCCCAUACCUACUAGCCAACCAAUAGUAAGCUCUACGCGUACAACACUAAGACGGGAAAGGACACCCGAGAAUGAGAAUGAAGAUCAACGAUUUUUGAGGUUGGCCAGAGACGCUUUAGUUGCCACAGCUCAAGGAAUCAAUGAACAGAACCGAGGGAUUGUAGACCCUACAAUCCUGGACCUCUUGACUCGUUUGCAAUAUGCUAGUUCUCCGCAUGGUAAUCCAAUAUCAAAUCUGAAACAUUUGGAAGCAAAUGAAAAUGGACAGUUGAAUGUCCAAGGGUUUUAUCAGAAUUUUCCCAACCUAAGUAACAAUAUUUUCACUGGCAGCCCACAUGGAGGUGAUGGAGGAGUUGGAUUGGGAGUGGGUGCAGGAGUGGGCGCAGGAGUAGACACGACCCCGGGAGGAACUAAAGCUGAUGAAUACAAAGCAAGUGAACAGAAAGAUGAGACAAUCAAAUCCGCUCCGUUGCUUAAUAGUAGACAUCAUCCAGCUGGUAACGAGCAAGGAUGGAAUUUUCUUAUUGGUGAAGCCUUACAUUUAAAAGCGGAUAGCGAGAGAAACCCUAUGGCACAACUUGAAAAUACAAGUGUUGAUUUUACUGCCGCAAAGGCUAAUAAUGCACGUCAGCUGGUUUCGACAUCACGCAAGAAGUUUAAAGGUGAAGGUGUACGGAAGUUUCCUUGUGACAAAUGUUCAAUGUCGUUCCGUCGCUCAUCAGAUUUGAAACGGCAUGAAAAACAGCACUUGUCUAUUCCGCCCAAUAUAUGUGAGUUUUGUGGUAAAGGUUUUGCUAGAAAGGAUGCGUUGAAAAGACAUGUUGGAACAUUGACAUGUAAGCGGAAUGCGAAUAAGAAAUUGUAUAUUGAAAAUCUUGAGCAUCUAAAUGGCAGAGGCGGUGUAGGUGGUAUAGGUGCCAAGUCAGGUGAUAUCGAUGAGCUAAGUGAGGACGAAGUAGAAGAAGAUGAAGAAGAAGAUGGAGAAGAAGCAGAAGAAGAAGAAGAUGAAGUUGAUGGUGGUGAAAACGGCAACCAUGAAGGAAUAGGGAGGAAAACUGUGAAUGAAUAUGGGGAGAUAGGCAAGAGAGAUGAUAAUGAACAUGAUCGUAGUGGAGGUGGUAUUAGCAAGAAUAGUACGAAGAAGAAUAAGAAACUGAAUGAGGAGCAGCAUGAAAUCGAGGAUGAUGACGAGGAAGAGAUACAACGAAAGUUUCCUACUUAUGGAUAUCAAAAGGAGAAUUGGCAGUGA